AUGUCUCUGUUCUCUCAAGGACAGAUAGAUCUAUCCAAGAACGGUGGCCCUGAUUUAUUUUUACAAAAGACAAAAUUAGGAUGGGUUAUCGGAGGCAGUGCACCUACAAAUGAAGCAUCACAACAAGUGUCGUGUCACCUAGCAUCAGACAUACAAUUUAAUUUAGCGAAAUUCUGGGAAAUCGAAGAAAUACCAGAAACAAGUCAUCUCACCGUAGAUGAACAAGCAUGUGAAGAAUACUUUCUACAACAUGUUACAAGAAAUGAAGAAGGUCGAUAUGUUGUCGCCAUACCAUUCAAACAAUCUGUCGAUCAACUUAGAGAGACACGAAUUACAGAACAACUACAAGAAAAUGGUUUUUAUUUACCACAUCAUGCGGUGAUAAAAGAAGAAAGCCAAACAACAAAAGUACGAGUCGUGUUCGACGGCUCAGCCAAAGGUUCCAAGGGUCAUUCACUCAAUGAAUUACUACAUGUUGGCUCAACAAUACAAACUGAUAUUUUCUCAUUAUUACUCAGAUUUAGACUACACCAGUACGUACUGACUGGCGACAUUGAGAAAAUGUACAGACAAUUUUUAAUACGUCCACAAGAUAGAAAAUAUCAACGUAUUUUAUGGAGAAAUGCGUCUGGUAUUAUUAAAACAUAUGAAUUAAAUACUGUAACAUUUGGUCUUGCUCCAUCACCAUUUCUAGCUAUACGAUGUCUACAUAAAUUAGCUGAUGAUGAGCAAGAAAAUUUUCCUGUAGCAUCAGAAAUACUAAAAAGAGAUCUAUAUGUCGAUGAUCUUUUAUCUGGUACACAAACAUUUGAAGAAGCAAUUAAAUUGAGGGAUGAAUUAAUUCCUUUAUUACAACAAGGUAUGUUAAAUAUACGCAAAUGGGCUUCCAAUGAGCCUAGACUAUUAGAAGGCCUUCCAGAGGUUAACAAGAAUUUACAAUUACAAUUGAAUGACUCUAGUGCAAUAAAAACACUUGGUGUUUACUGGAAAUCUACUACAGAUACAAUUGUUUACACAGUUAAAACAAUUACAAUUGACGAAAUUACAAAACGCAAAAAUUCUUCUGAAAUUGGAAAAAUCUUUGAUCCACUUGGACUUCUUGGUCCAGUUGUUAUGACAGCAAAAAUAGUUAUGCAACAAUUAUGGAAUACAACAAGUAUACAAUUACAUGGCUUUUGUGAUGCCAGUGAAAAAGCAUAUGGGGCUUGUAUUUAUCUCAGGUCCAUUGAUGAACAAGGUAAAGUUUACACGCAACUUUUGUGUGCUAAAAGGCGCAUAGCUCCUCUCAAGACACUAUCAAUCCCUAGAUUGGAAUUAUGUGGAGCAUUAUUACUUGCUUCGCUUUAUACAACAAUAAUUAAAGCAAUACACAUAACAAUAGAUGACACAUAUUUGUGGUCAGAUUCUACAAUUGUUUUACACUGGCUAAGAAAAGAGCCAAGUGUUAUGAAAGCAUUCGUGGCAAACAGAAUUGCCAAAAUACAAGAAAAAAUAAAAUCUACACAAUGGUGCCAUGUACGUACACAUGACAAUCCAGCUGACCUGAUUUCAAGAGGUCAACUACCUGAAGAAUUCAUCAAAACAACAACAUGGCAACAUGGGCCGUCUUGGCUGUGUGAAGAUCCAGAUGGCUGGCCGAAAUUCGAGAUGACUGAGGGUUGCAGUCUACCUGAGCUCAAGGUCAAUACAUGUCUCAACACAACGACAAAUUCAACGCAACCGCAAGUAAAUAUAAACAAUAAAAAUGAUUACAAUAUUUUAACUCGUUAUUCAUCUUGGAAUAAAUUACAAAAUGUCAUUGCAUAUUGCUUGCGAAUGAAAACAACCAACAAUAAUACUACCACAUUAUAUGCUGUAAGGCAACAAUAUUGGCCAAUUGAUGGUCGCAAUCAAGUAAGUAAAAUAAUACGCACUUGUACAACAUGUUUACGAGCACAGCCUCGUACAAUUGAUUACCUGAUGGGUAAUUUACCAAAAGCAAGAGUUAAUGAAGCAAUUCCAUUUACAAUAGUUGGGGUUGACUUUUGUGGACCUUUUUUAGUUAAAGAAAAGAAAGAAAGAAAUAGAAUUAAAGUUAAAAUAUACGUAGCAGUCUUCGUAUGUCUCGUCAUCAAAGCUGUACAUCUAGAAAUGGUCAGUGAUUUAACUACAGAUUGUUUUAUUGCUGCUUUAAAAAGAUUUGUUGCAAGACGUGGUUACCCGACUGAUAUUUAUUCAGACAAUGAUAUUUAA